CUACUAAUACUACUGCUGCUGUGAAGAAAUAGGCUCCUAUAUGAGAUAACAAUGGAUCAGUAUGAAAACAAAAAAAAACCCUGGAUAAUGCAAGUAAAAGAAUAUAUGAAAGAACUAAACAUAAACUUAAGUAAAAUUGAAGCAGUUAAAGACAAACAGUUAAGAGAAAUAAUAAAGAAUUGGGACAGAAAAAUAUGGCAGAAAGAAAUGAAUGAAAAGUCAACAUUAAGAAUCUACAGAAAAUAUAAAGAAAACAUAAGAGAAGAAAUCUGGUAUGAUAACACUGAAAAAACAAUGCUGAUCAGUAGGGCCAGACUAGGUAUACUAGGAUUAAAUGAUAGAAAUAGGAUAAAAGGAGCAGAUACAAAAUGUUUAUACUGUGAGGAACAAAAUGAAAAUUUAGAACAUUUCUCACUUUACUGUCCAGCAUACAAUGAAAUUAGAAAUAGAUAUAGCUUUAUGCAGCAACCAUAUCAAGAAAAUAAAGAGGAAUUAGUAGCAAAUAUAAUCUUAUUGGUAGUACUAAUGAGGGAGGAAGUGGAGAAUCGGAAAGAUUUUAUGAAAGAAAUGUGGUAUUUCAGAGAGAAGAAGCUCAAGCAAACACAAACAAAGGAGGAAUAAAAGAAGCAAGGGAGCCGUUUCAAAGGCAUAUCUCACCCACUACUACUACUACUUGGGAGACUGGAAAGAUCUAGACAACUCUAAUUUUGGUUAAUCAUCAGCCAUAUAUGCCUACCUAAUUCACGAAGGUGAGAAUGAAGAAUGCAUUGAAGAAGAAUUUGUGAAAUAUUCCGAAGAGAGGAAAUUAUCAUCAGAUCCCUGGUGUUAAGAUAUGGAAGUUUGAGAAGAUUUACAUUGACUUUGUUUCCUCACUGGAAAAAAACAGCUAUCAUUGGUAUCAGUUUUUUUUAUGUUAUUUAGGAGCUGUAUGUAGUCUUAUGGAGUAUUUUUGUUAUAGAUAUGCUAUAUGUCUAUGCCAGAUUAAUUACUGUUAUGAUGUGCAGAUGGUUGUUUUUAUAAGAAUAUUUUGAAGUAAGGUAAUACUAUUUGAAAUUAGGCUGAGAAUGAACUAGAAUUAUUUUGGAUAUUUCAAAACAAUUUGACACCUUUCCUGACGUGACAGAUUUAGAACUUGUUGAUAGCCUAACAGGGGAUAAAAUUGGUUUGCUUAAGUGCUUUCUCUCAGUCCAGCAAUUUUCUCUUGUGAAGGUUUGGUAGAAUUUUGUCCGUUUCAGAAAGUCAUCUUGAAAUAAAUUGACUUGUACGUAUUUAGUAAUGUACAGUGAACAUUCUGUGAAAAUGGAAGCCGAGAAGUCAUUGUCAUUACCCUUAGUCAAGCAAGAGAGGGAAGAUUUGGAGGAUGAACUUACUGAAAUCACAGUUGAUGGUUCUUUAUUUGUCAACUGUCCCUUAGAAGUCAAGGCAGAACCAGAAUAUAUUGAUUGUAAUGAAGUUAAUGUGAAGUAUGCAUGUCAGUCCGUAAAGAGUGAGGAAGGCUCUCAGGGUUGUGAAGGGGACUCUGCAAAGAAAAGUGUUACAGAAGGAAAUAUACAGGUGCAGAGAACAGAGGAUUCUUGCAUACCAUUCAUAUCUUGUGGAAAAUUAAGUGAGACUGAUGAAAAUAAUUACAAAAAUGUGGAAGUAUUUUCAAAGAAAAGCAACACGCCAGGGAAGCCAAUAACUUGUGCGGAAUGUCAGAGUAGUUUCUCUCACUUAGGUCAUCUCAGGACCCAUAUGAGAAUUCACACGGGAGAGAGACCAUAUGCUUGCACUGAGUGCCAGAGCACUUUUAUUCACUCAAGUCACCUCAAAACCCACAUGAGAACCCAUACAGGAGAGAGACCAUUCACUUGCUCUGUAUGUCAAAGAAGUUUUUCCCUCUCAAGUCAUCUCAAAAGACACAUGAGAACUCACACUGGAGAGAAACCAUUUGUGUGCACAGAGUGCCCAAGUACUUUUUCACAUUCGUAUAGUUUGAAGGUCCACAUGAGAACUCAUACAGGAGAGAAGCCUUUCACUUGUCCUGAGUGUCAGAAUAGUUUCUCUCACUCAAACAGUCUCAGAAUCCACAUGAGAACUCAUACUGGAGAGAAGCCGUUCACGUGCUCUGAGUGUCAAAGUAGUUUUUCUCAUUCAGAUAAUCUCAAAAUACACAUGAGAACUCAUACGGGAGAGAAACCAUUUACUUGCUCGGAAUGUCCGAGUAGUUAUUCUCGUUUGAGUAGUCUCAAAAUACACCUGAAAACUCAUACUGGAGAGAAACCAUUCACUUGUCCUGAGUGUCAAAAUAGUUUUUCUCUCUCGAGUCAUCUCAAAACCCACAUGAGAAUUCACACUGGAGAAAAACCAUUUUUAUGUACAGAAUGUCCAAGCAGUUUUUCUCACUCAAGCCAUCUCAAAAGGCAUAUGCGAAUCCACACCGGAGAGAAGCCUUAUGUUUGCACCGAAUGUCCAAGUAGUUUUUCUCUCUCAGAUCAUCUCAAGAGACACAUGCGAAGUCAUAUGGGAGAGAAGCCAUACACUUGCAAUAUUUGUCAAAAGAGUUUUAUUCACUCAGAUAGCCUUAGAAUACACAUGAAAACUCAUUCAGGAGAGAAGCCAUUCACUUGUACAGAAUGCCAGAGUAGUUUUUCUCAAUCACAUUCUCUCAAAAGGCACAUGAAAACUCAUACUAGAUAAAAGUCCAUUCACACGCACUUUGAGGCAUAGUAGGUUUAUGUUAAGGCUGCCUUAAAGUGCACAUAUAAACUCAUUCAAGAGAGAAGUAAUUUUUCUGUACCGAAUGUCAAAGCAGUUUUUGUCAUGUAGGCUUAAUAGCGUCAAAAUACAAAUGAGAACUUGCAGGAUGGGUCACAGUGUACUAGGUAACUUAUGUACUAUUAGAGAAAGAGGCAUUCCAUAUACAUUAAGUGCAGAAGUAGUUAUCCUCAGCCUGUGGGUGGGAGUUCAACUUUGACUUCUUCAUUAGAUACUUGUAGGAAAUGACCUAGGGGUGAUCUUCUAUCCUUUCCCAAUUGACAAUCCCUGGAUGAUGAAGGUUUAAAGGAUUAGAAGGAAGACCUUCUGGCGGAGUCCUAGGAGUCUUAGGAUUUGAUGAUUUGACAAAAGGAGAUAUAAGUUCUGGAUACAAGGAGUGGAGUUACCAAGAAUGUUCAUGCCAGCUCUUGGAGCCAUUAAGCCAAAAGUAGGUAGGAGAGACUUUUCAAUAUGGCAAGUGGCAAGAAAACAAAGUUUUUUUUUUAUAAUAAAACUUUAUUUUUUUAUUUUUUUUGUCAUACUAUCAUCAAUCAUGAAUUGCUCACGUUUAGAGUCUUCAAUAAACCGUCUAUUGUCAACUAGACAGAAAUAAGUUAAUCAGUCAUUGAUGCUCACCAUGGAUCCACAUGAAAGGCUUUGAUGUGAGCACUUCAUACAUGAUUGAUGGAUUUGUAUUAAAAUCUGUUAUGAUAAAAAAAAUCAGUUCAUAAUAUCUUAUUCCCAUCAGUUAUUUAGAGCCCAAAUCACAUUUUACAAGAUAGAUUGGGAAGUUGAGAGUCCCAGAUUACUUGCAAGAGUAUUAUGGAUCCAGGAUGGCACCUGGCACCUAUACAAAUCAGAUACCAAAACUCAAAUAGUACUCCUAUUGGUUACCUAGACAAAUGCUAUGCGGAGUACAACACUAAGAGAUGAAAACAAUUAUUUUAUAUGUUAAGUUAUAAAUAGAGAGAACAUCAGUGAACCUUUCAGGUGACAAGUAGAUGCAUAUUAUACCCUUAGAUAUUAGCCCUUUGCCUCAAGAUCAGAAAGAAAUUAAGGUUGUACUGCUUAUUGUGCUAUUGUGGAAUUUUACCUUCUUGUUAGCUGCCCUAACAAGUACACACCCAUGCCUAUAUGCAUAACAUUGCUCAAGUAAUAGUGACAAAAGUAGACUGGUAUCACCAGGUACCUGCAUUCAGAAUUUUUCAAAUCUCCAUGUACUUUUUAAGAGCUAAGGAAGUAGAGAAGUCUGAAUUUGGGUAGUCUCAGUCAUUCAUUCUUCAGAUAGAUCAGCAUAAGCACUCAGAAUAACUUGCCUUAACCAAAAGGACAGUAUUCUUAGACACCUGCAUCCUCUGCUGGCCUAUAUACAAGGAAAGCCUAGCUAUCAUUUCCUUCCAAGAAAUGGCAGAUGGCUGACACUUUCAUUCCCUGUAGUAGGUAAUAAUGCUGGAACAGCAAAUGGAGCAUUGUUUCAUUCUUGAUUAUUGGCUGUCUGGGUUUUAGCAGCAAAGUCCAGAGCAAAAGCCAGACCCUCAGAUGAUCAACCCAACACAUUUAACCUUGCUCACUAAAGACGUACAGAUUGUUCACUCAUCUUAAUGAUGCAAAUGACAUGAGUAGUUUUCAUUGUACAGUUCAGGAAGAAAGUGGCCUAAGUCAUAACAGAGCAACAACCAACUUCCAAAAUAUCCAAAACCAAUAAAGACAAGUAAAAAAUGUGCUGAAGAAGUUUUCUGUACAGCUGCUACAGCAUAUAAUCAAGGCCACUGAAAAUAGAUCUAUCUUUCAGUGGUCUCAGUAUACUGCUGUAUGAGCCGUGACCCAUGAAACUUUAACAGGGGCCUGUAAUGGCUGACUUUAACCUUAAAGUAAAAACUUUAGAGGCUAGAGAGCUGCAAUUUAGUGUGUUUGUUGAUUGGUGGGUGGAUGAUCAACAUACCAGUUUGCAGCCCUCUAAACUCCGGUUUUUAAGAUUGGGGGCGGACAGAAAAAGUGUGGAUGGACAGGAAAAGUGCGGACAGAGAAAGCCAUCUCAAUAGUUUUCUUUUACAGAAAACUAAGAAAAACACAAUCUCUCUAAUGGUAGUAACAUUGAGAAAAAAAUAAAACCAUUACAAAUGUGUUUGAUAAAGUAAGUCGAAGUAAAACAUACUAAGGCCUUUAAUGGUCUUCGAACCAAUAGUGAAUCUUCAGUUUGAAGAGUGGAAAAGGCUCGUAAAAGAAUUUUCACUUAACUCUUUAUAAGGGCUCCACAGAUUCCUAUAUGUCACAAAAUUGCUGAAGAAAUAUUAGGAUAAAUUCAUGAAAGUUAAUUAAAAAUGAGUACGUAAAGGAAAACUAGGAUAAAGUAGAAUCUGGGUAAAAUUGAACUAGGAACAGGUAAAGACACAGAAGUGAUUCACACAGAUACAUGAAGAGGACGUGUUAAAAUAAUGGGCUCCUGUAGAAUUGAAUUGAUGAAACACUGUGUAUUAAAAGAAAGUCAGUGCAAGUGAAUACAUAAGGUACUGUAUAAACUAUUCGGAUUACUCGUAAAGCUACUUUCAUUUGAAUAUGAGAGUGGUAACUGGAUAAGGGGAAACAAAUGAAGGAGCACCUACUUCACGCAGAAUUUAUUCAAACAAAUGGUUGCAUGAAAAUUUAGUUAAGAAAAAUUAUAGCAAAGUCUUAAAUAGAGUAGAUUUUGUUGUUUUCAGAAUAUCCUCCUACUGAAGAGGUACCAGAUUUUUCAGUUGUUCAUCUAAUGCAUUUCAUUGUGAUUUUUGUAUGAUUCAUCAAAAUAACCUAAAUUUUAUUUCCUUAGAAGACAACCAUCUGUUAACAAGAGGAUUAUGGUAUAAAAACCAAAUUAAGUCGAACACCUGCAGUUAUAAAUUUUGCUAUGUGAACCAAUGAAAAAUAUGUGAUGGGAAUUUGUUCACCCAAAAUUAAUUCUUAUUUACCAGUUAGAAAUUGCAUUGUACAUAUACCCUUCAUGUGGAAGGGUGAACUUUGGAUGAUACAGUAUUUCCUUGUAUUUAUUUCAUUAAUUUAGUGAUUGUAUUAAACUCAAGGUUUCAAGAAAUCCUCAGUGCAUACUUCUCUUAUCUUAUUCCCAUGUAUUUUGAUUUGAUUUUACAUUGUAAAUGGGUGUUAUAGGUUUUUUUUGUUUAGCAUCAUGUAAAUGCCCUUGCUACAGUAGUUUUAAAAUCAGUUAUAUUUAUUGAAUGUACUGUACAUAAAUUUUUUUUUGAUUUUGUAAUUAAAAAAUGAAAAUUA